AGUAACAUGAAGGUGAUAAUUAUUUUAUCAAUAGCGACGUCUGUCACUUUGGGUAGUUUGGAGCCAGCUGGUUAUAAACCACCACUCGGAUCAGGAUCACCAUCAGGAUACUCGACCACGGGCCAAUCAGAUCGUUAUUUACCACCGUCAUUAUCCUCACAACUAGCGAGUCACCGUAGUAUUUCAAACCAAGGGCUAACACCAGAAUCCCAUUAUCUCCCAACGAGUUACCAAAGUCCAUCUCAAAAUGUAAUACCGAAUUCUCUGUACUUGUCCACAAGUAACAUCAGAUCAUCAUCAUUAUCAUCAUUAUCAACAUUAUCUGGUAUUCCUAACAGUAGUAGUAGUAGUAGUAGUAGUAGUAGUAGUAGUAGUAGUAGUAGUAGUGGUGGUACUUCUGUUGUGGGUGAAAUCCCUUCGUUACAAUACUUACCCAGCCAACCGUCUAUUUCUCGACAAAAUCCUUUCAGCAGUAUCCAGAAUCCAGAAAGCAUUACUACCAUUAGCACUACUGCUACUGGUGGUAUUACAUCAACUCUGGAUCAUCGUAUUUCAAACUCAUUGGGGAUUCCCAAUACUCCUACAGUGUCCUCUUCACCAACAGUGACAUCUCGGCUACAUACGCCUAACCGAAAUACUCUUGGUAGUGGUAGUGCUGUUUUAUCUUCUCAAUAUCUACCACCAUCAAUGUCUCUUGUAUCUACCAGUAAACAUUCUGACAGAUUUAUCCAGUCUGUUCCAAGCUCAAACUAUCUGGCAUCAGCGGUGGUGUCUAAGCAAAAUCAAUAUCACGGAAGAAUCAAUCAACCAUCAUCCACUUCUGCUGUUGCUGUUCCUGGCUCUAUCGGUCUAUCAUCCCCACCCCCUUCUUCUUCUUUUACUUCUUCUUCUUCUUCUUCUUCUUCUUCUUCUUCGACAUCAGCCGGCAUCAUCUCCAAUAGCUAUUUAACGCCCAACAAGUUAUCUAGCUCAUUGUUGUCACAGAAUAAUAAGUACACUGGUACUUCUACCGCUAUUGGUGGACAACCAGAACGUCAGUCAAACAUUCUUGCCAGUGGAAACAUAAAUCAACCACCUGGAAAUUACUAUUCCCCUGAUGAAACAUUUUCCGGUUACGAUAAUAAUCAUAAAGCAUUAGCCAACUAUGAAUUUGAGUAUCACGUUAACGAUGAGUAUGGUAAUGACUUUAGUCACAAAGAGACUAAAAAUGAUGAUAAUAAAGUAACCCGUGGUGUUUACACUGUUUUGUUACCGGAUGGACGUAAACAGAUUGUUCACUACACUGCCGAUCAGGAUGGCUUUAAACCAACGAUAACUUAUGAGGAAUCUCCGGCACCUGGUUAUCAAUAUUAG